GGUGGAGCAGAAAAGGUGAAGUACAUGAGGAGCGAGGCCCGAGCGCGCGCGGAGCAGAGGAGAAAAAAAGAAACCACAGGGAGCUCGCGGGGCCUCCCUCGCGGAGCCUCUGGACAGCCCCGUGAACGAGGCGACAAAAUAAAGUCACGUGAUCCAAAAUGGGCAGUCCUCUGACGGGGCUGAAAAAAGCCAUUUUCUGGCGCUGCUGCAAAUUCUAACCCAACAAGUCACCUGGACCCCCGGCCGGCGGCGGAGUCGAGCGUAUAUGUCCCCGAAAGAUGGAUAAGAUGCAGCCGAACCGGGUGAAGAUCACAGAGCUGAACCCGCACCUCACGUGCCCGCUGUGCGCCGGAUACCUGAUCGAUGCCACCACCAUCGUGGAGUGUCUGCACUCCUUUUGUAAAACGUGCAUCGUUACCUUCCUGGAGACGAACAAGUUCUGCCCUCGAUGUGACAUCCAGGUCCAGAAGUCGUGUCCACAGCUCAGCAUCAGAGCCGACAAAACUCUACAAGACAUAGUUUAUAAGCUCGUUCCGGGCCUCUUCAAAGACGAGAUGAAGCGGCGGCGGGACUUCUAUGCAGAGAAUCGCGUGCUGGAACCAGGGGAGGUGGUGGAGACCUUCAACAUCGCAGAGGAUGAAAUCAUCAGUCUGUCCAUACAGUUCUAUGAGAGGAACAAAAAUAACGAGAGGCAGCGGUCGGAGACAGAAGGAGACAAGGCUAACGGGAAACGCUUCCUGCAGUGCCCGGCAGCCAUGUCCGUCAUGCACUUAGCGAAGUUCCUGAGGAGCAAGAUGGACAUCCCCAACAACUACAGGGUGGAGGUGUUGUACGGAGACGAACCCUUAAAGGACUACUACACACUAAUGGACAUCGCCUAUUUCUACGAGUGGAGACGAACAGGACCCAUCCCGCUGCAGUAUCUGGUAAAGCCGGCCCGCAAGCGCCGGAGGCCGUCCCAGACGACGACCCAGGGCCACUCCGACGGCAUCAACACCAGCCCCACGUCAGAGAGCGACUCCCACAGCGACAAAGUCCACAGCCCCGCCGCCGCCGCUCAGACGCCCAGAGCUUCCACCCAGUCCAGCCCUGCCUCCCACACCCCGUCGCCGGCCAUCCAAAGCCCCAACGGUACCACUGUGCCCAACAACACUCAGCGACACACUCACACCUCCAAACAGGGUUCAGGCUCUCGCAAGGUGACUGUGAACGGCACGAGCUCGGGGGCGGGAAAAGAGGAGGCGAGGGGAGGCGACAAAAGCGGGUUGCUGCCGGCGACCUAACGGUGAGCGGGGGGGGCGGACAGUGUUGGAGGAGGCGCGAGCCUGAAUCCUUCUGGACUAACGGGAGGAAGAUUACUGUUAUCUUUCAGCUGGAAAGACGGGCAAGUGCAGCCAAAUGGACACUUGUAUGUAUGUGUGUGUUUGUGUGGUAGACUAGAACCGUGCACACAUACCAACUGUACAGUAUGUAUCAAAUGUGAGCAUGUGUGCAAACAUAUGUAUAAACUUAUCUUUUAUACAAGAUAUUGUAAUCGUUUUGUAUUGUAUAUGCAGUUGGUCCGGUUCAUUUCUACAGACUGUUCUGGUUUCCUUUUACGAGACAAAAAGCCUGAUGGGAUAUUUUUCUUUUCAAGUGAAACGGCGGGAAGUAUUUCAAAGAAUGUUUGUGUACUUGUUAGCAAGCAGCUAAAUCCUUUAAAAUGUCUGUUUGAGGAUGCAGAUUUUCUCGCUAUUGCUCUCAAAUAAUUUAUUUUCUUAGUUGUUUUUUUUUCCAAGUUUGUGCAACUUGUUUCCUUAAGCAACAUUGCAGUGACCCAAUCAAGAAAAUGACUCAAAAAAUUCAAAAUGGCGGAACAAAAACAUAUAUUUUUUAACUUUGAUUUAAAUGUUCAAAACUGGUUUAAUGUUUUGAAUAUGUGGCUCACUUAAACUCUUUUUUUUCACUUGGAUUGAAGCAGUUUGGCACAAAACUACUAGGCUAAUGCUAAUGGGACAGCACAAAAAGACUUGCUAUUUAAAUCCAAUGUAGUAGUAAAACGCAACUGUACUCUGCAUCAUAACGGUUUGCUCAAGCAUUUAUUACUUUUUCUAUUUUUUUAUUUUCAAACUACUGGACUAGCAGGAUCUUUACACCUUUGCAUUCUCCAUACAGUAGUAGUAGCGCAUACAAAAAAAAAGGCUAGGCUACGCUAUAAUUAAGGGGAAAGGACAAAGCUAAUUUUUCACAAGCUAAAACAAAUAUAAAUGUUUAAAAAAAUGCUAUAUUACCAUUUCUUUUAUACCAUAGUAGUUUUGCAUGAUGGUAAAAUUGCCUGCUCACGUUUUUUUUUUCUUUUGUUUGUUUUACUUCAUGUGCUAGGCUAACAACUAGCUAAGUUAACAACUUCUCCAAGCAAAAAGGAGUCAAAGUGAAACAACAUUUUGAAAAUAACUAAAUUGUCCCCUAUUUUUUCACUGUAAGACUUAAAAAUAUUUUUUAUUUAUUUUUAUCCAAGAUUAAACUAAUCCAUAAGGCAAAGAGGAGCACAUUUUUUUGUUAUUUUAACCAUUUUUUUUAGCUAGUGUUACCACUCAUGUUUUAGCCAAAUGCUUUUUGAUUUUUAUGACAUAAAGUAUGCAACUCACAAUAAGGAGUGGAUUUAAGUAGUUUAGCUUCGAAGCUAGGCUAAUGCUAAUCGGAGUACUCGAAAAAAUGAAAAUUCCUGCCAUUUAAAUCAAACAUAGUGGCUUAAACCAUCUUUUUUACAUUUUCUGAAUUUACAGCAGUAAGGCAACCAUUAACGCCUUAGCAUUAUUUGUUAGCGCUAGCUAUUCGUGUUUUGAUGCAAAAGUGACUAAAUCAACUAGGCAAGAAAAUCCUUUACCUGUAGAGUGCUAAAUUUUUUUCUUUUUUUUUCUUUGUCGUGAAAUUCUCUGUCACAGAUGGUACGCGUUGGAACAUGUUCCUGGUAAAAACGAGGUUAAUAUUGUCACUGCGAACUUUGUGGACUAACUCCAUGUAAGUUAGAAGCUAAAGUGACUGAAACAUCACACAAAAUUACUGGAGCUCCUUGUAAAAAAAGAAAAAUAACAUAAAAUUUGCACAAACCUCUUUUCUUUUUAAGCUAGGCUAUUUAAAAUAGGCACAAUUUUUUUUUUUGGUUUGUUUGCUUUUUUCCGCUACCUAAACUAUUUCUCAAAGUUGCACAUUUCAGCUGUAACUGUUGUAGAAAAUGUAGCACUAACCACAUUACCAAAAGUAGAUUUUGUCAGAGUAAGUCUGUUUUGGUUUAUAAAGUAAAAAUGCUGAGAUUUUUUUGGUUUCAGACUCCUCAGACGUACUUCUCACAGCUUCACUUGAAAACCAAAAUAUCCUAAAGGCUUCAUAGCGUGGCUCACUACGCUGGCUGAAUGUAAAGGAAACCAGGAAGUAGUCUUUGCCUUUAAACAGUCCCUUUCCAAAAUGCUGUUUAAGUGUCUGAUUUAAGCAACAACUCAUCAGGUGACAUGUUUUGUUAUUAAAACCAUUGAUGCACUUUUUUUAAGGCCCCGACACGGAAACCAACAAGUAUUUUCCAGCAGGAGAAGCUUUUUUUUUGUUUUGUUUUCUUUCUUUUUUGAAGUACAAGCACUACCACGCUCUCCAGUAAACCGUUUUCUUGUUCUCAUGCCGUUAAAAGAACUCUAAAAGGAUUUAAACAUUUUCACCACGUUUGUUGUUCCAUCGGUUUCAACAUUCCUCAUGUUGCUUUUCAGCAGACAAUACUUUUUAAAUCAGCCAUAUGUGCAUGUUUAGGUCAAUAAAGUUUUUACUUAACAUGUUG